AUGAGGCCUAGGCGUUCCACCCUCGGCUGCAUUGCGUAUAUAAGGGUGCAGUACCUUGGGUCUACAGUGGUUACUUCUUCCGCAGUCAUGAAACUUGUAGCUGUUUUCCUUGGUCUGUUAGCGGUGUGUGGAGUCCAGGCCGAAGAUGUUGCAGAGAAUGAAGCAAGAUUGAUUGCCAACUAUCAGACAACUACCUUCAUAGAGAUGAGCACCAUCACCACCGUGGGUCACUACACUUGCGCCGUUUCUACCGCUUCUACCGCCUGCUCCGGCCGAAAGCGACGUAACGUCAUCUUAGACAUCAAUAGCAACUCUGGCGAUUUCAACCCUAACGUUUCCGAGACACUCGCUGGCAGCUUAUCGGCCACCGAGCUUGAAGAAGCCAAGGAAGACGGCGGCAAGGAUAAGUUCUUCUUCACGCUCUGGAAGACAACCACUUCCACCUUCACGGUCACCUCCACUUCCUUCAAUAGGGAUAUCACCGUGUCUGUGUCUCUUUUAUGUGACCACGCCUCCGCGCUGUACACGCUUUGUUAAACACAGAGAAAGAGCUACCCUGGCCUAGUCGUCUCCUGCAGUGAGACAGCUAGUUUUUAGUAUUAAGUGUAUGCAUAUAUAAAUGCGUUCGAUUGUGUGUAAAAAGCUGGCCCUCAAAAUAAACAUUCACUAUUCAAAA